AUGCCAGAAGGGGAGCAUACGAUCGGAAGAUUUGGGUCAGGACUCCCGAAUGAGAAUGAUAAUCGUCUUAUUGGGCUCCUAUCCGGCAACUUUUUCACACACCAUCUUGAUGAGGAAGCAACGCCGGCGGUGAAAAUGGGAGCCGCUCAACGUGCGAUACAUGCGGAGAUCGACCACAUUCUCAACAAAGGAGGUCCGACACGACCUGACGACCGUGUCGCCAAAGCUGUUUACCGCCGCCUUACAUUGGGUGAUGAAAUUAAUGGGAAUGAGAAAGGUAUACGAGUUGAUGGGAGCCUCUCGAAUCUUCGUUUUGCGGACGACAUUGUUCUCUUCUCGAGAAAUAUUACUGAAGCGAAGACGAUGUUGAAGGAAAUAAACGAAGUAGGGAAGCAGAUAGGACUGCGAAUCAACCGGAAGAAGACUCAGUUCAUGAAGAACGCUUUGGGAAGCGGAUAG